AUGAGUGAACUUCAAAAGUCAUUCGCAAAGGCCAAAUUGGCUAAGCUUCCCGCCGAAGUCCCCAUGUAUAGCUCAAUGCAUAUCCCAGAAGAGCACAUUGAGGAUGAUGCCUCCUCUGCCUCCUCGGUCUCGUCAACCGGCACGUUAAUGCCGUCGCCGACGAGGAAUCUUUUUGCGCGCAGAAGCGCAGGACAAUCAAUGCAGGCGCUUUCCUGGUCUGACUUCUUCAGUCAAGAGUUGUUCUUGCCCGAAGAAGUGGACGGCCUGCGAAUUGUACAUCAUGCUUAUCUCACACCACCGUCCGGAUCAGGCCCUUUGUUUGUGAUGCAUCAUGGCGCAGGUUCGUCCGGUCUCUCGUUCGCAACCUGCGCCGAGGAAUUACGACGAGUGCUUCCUGAAGCGGGCGUAUUGUCCCUCGACGCAAGAAGUCACGGUCGGACGGUGAUGAGUCCCGUCUCUCGGGCCUUGAAUCACGAGCAGCCAUCAAUGGGGGCUGCAGCACAGUCUGAAGCGGAUGAUCAGAUCGAACUAGAUCUCAGUCUGGAUACGCUUAGUCGUGAUCUGGUCUUUGUGGUCCAAGAGACUCAAGCGAAGCUGCGGUGGGAAACACUCCCGGAUGUCGUCUUGGUGGGCCACAGUCUUGGGGGUGCCGUCAUCACAGAUGUGGCGAAGAAGGGUGCGCUGGGAGCCAAAUUACUGGCAUAUGCAGUAUUGGAUGUUGUGGAAGGGUCCGCAAUGGAUGCUCUCCAGAGCAUGGAAACCUAUCUCUCUACGCGGCCGAGUCGAUUUGCUUCCCUCGCCUCUGGAAUUGAAUGGCAUACUCGCUCGCGAACGAUACGAAAUACCACUUCUGCCCAAGCGUCGGUUCCCUCACUUAUCUACGAGGAAAGCGAUCCUAGCGAUCCUGCUCGUCCAUGGGUCUGGCGCACCAAUCUCUCCGCCACAAAGCCAUUCUGGGAGAACUGGUUCAUCGGGUUGAGUCGCAAAUUCUUGGAUUCCCGAGGUGGGAAGCUGUUGCUUCUGGCUGGCACCGAUCGACUCGACAAGGAAUUGACCAUCGGUCAAAUGCAAGGCAAGUAUCAGCUCCAGGUGUUCCCGGAAGCAGGUCAUUUCAUUCAAGAAGACCAGCCAGCCAAGACCGCCCAGGUACUGGCGGACUUUUACAGGAGGAACGAUCGUAGCGCUCUAGUGCUUCCACCCAAAGUGGGUGAUUUACAAGCGGCGGCUGCGAUGAAGAAGGGCGCCGGUGCUUUUCACAAAAGCUGA